UGUUCUUGAGCUACACAUAUAAACGUACACACUUAGAUAAAUGAGUAAUGAUAAAGUGAGUGCUACUAGCCAUGAGCUUCUUCAAGCUCAAGCUCAUGUGUGGAAUCAUAUCUUCCAGUUCAUAAACUCCAUGUCAUUAAAGUGUGCAGUUCAAUUAGGCAUCCCAGAUGUGAUUCACAGCCAUGGCCAACCCAUAUCCCUUUCCAAUCUCAUUUCCGGCCUCAAUGUCCACCCUUCGAAAGCUCAUUUCAUCGCACGCCUCAUGCGAAUCCUUGUCCACUCCAAUUUCUUUGCACAAGACCAGCAAGUUCAGCUACCACUUCUUCCAAACGAUAAUAACAACAAUGAGAAUAUUGUUCAUCAGGAUCUUGAUGAUGAAGAGGAGGAAAAAACUGUUGUGGUGUAUAGACUAACACCAGCUUCCAGGCUUCUCCUCAAGGAAAGUCCAUUAAGCACCACACAAUUUUUACUUAUGAUUCUUGAUCCAGUAGUAACAGAUCCAUUUCAUCUAAUGGGCACUUGGUGCCAGAUGAACAAUCAUGGAAAUCAGGAUCAUCCAGCUUCCCCAUUUGAGAUGGCACAUGGUAGGCCUUUCUGGGGUUUGGCUGCUCAGCAACCAAAGUUUGGUAGCUUGUUUAAUGAAGCAAUGGAGGCUGACUCUCAACUGCUAGCAAGGGCAGUGGUUGAAGAGUGUGAAGGAGUUUUUGAGGGUUUAAAUUCCUUGGUUGAUGUUGGAGGUGGCACAGGAACCAUGGCCAAGGCCAUUGCCAAGGCCUUCCCGAACAUCAAUUGCACUGUCUUUGACCAACCACAUGUUGUUGCAAACUUGCAGGGGACUCACAAUUUGGAUUUUGUUGGAGGAGACAUGUUUGAGAAGAUACCCCCAGCAAAUGCAAUUUUCCUCAAGUGGAUUCUGCAUGAUUGGAGUGAUGAGGAAAGCGUGAAGAUAUUGAAGAAGAGUAGAGAAGCAAUUCUGAGCAAAAAUGGGGGAGGAAAGGUUAUCAUCCUGGACAUAAAUGUGUCUGUAGAUAAUAAGAAGAUGGAUAAGAAAUCAAUUGAAACUCAGCUCAUGUGGGAUAUCUUGAUGAUGGUCGACCUCAAUGGCAAAGAGCGUAGUGAAGCAGAGUGGGAAAAGCUCUUUCUGACUGCUGGAUUCUCUCACUAUAAGAUUACACAUAUAUUGGGCCUAAGGUCUCUUAUUGAAGUUUACCCCUGAAAAAAAGCAUCUCUUUUAAUUGCAUGUUAAGUGCAUGCGAAAUAAACCCUAAAUCUAUUUUACCUCUUUUGGUGUG